GGAGGAUCACAUUUGACCUUGCCACUAUUUUCGUUAAAAUGCGAUGAUUUUCUGGUGCAAGGCUACCCGCUGAAGUUGCCACAAUUGGCAUUUUUUCUCUUUGUCAGGGGGUGGAAAUUGUAGCAAAAUUGUGACGUUUAAAGAGGCAGUUGAGGUUAUGGAUUUUUGAAAAUUAAAGCCCCCCGAUUUAAAUCAGUUCUAAUCGAGCUUUUUCCAGUAAUAAUAGUUUUUUAAUAGCUUGAAAGUAAUGGCCCUGAGAGCCACCAAACGUUUCCUCACUGUCCACUGCGUCCAAGGUGUCUAGAUGUAUCCUAGAGAAUGUCGGUGCCUAAGAGAGUGAUUGUGGUCGGAAUUAGUGGCGCAACCUGCAGUGGUAAAACCACUAUAGCCAGGGAAUUGCAUAAACUGUUAGCACACAGCACAGCUUUUUGUCAAGACAACUACUACUUCCCGGUGGAAUACCCGAACCAUGUUUGGAUCCCGGAGCUCAACCACAUUAACUGGGACAUUGUUACCUCCCUAAACAUGGAGAAAAUGACCGACGAUAUUCAGCAACUAAUCGCGAAAGAAUCCUCAAAAAUUCCCCAAGAAACCCUGAUAGCUGAUGGCAAGCAACAGGUAGCUUAUUCUAAAAAUGAUAAGUUCGAGUACCUGUCUCGAAUAAACCAAAGCCAAUAUCACGUAGUUAUUGCAGAGGGAUUUUGCAUUUUCAAUUACAAGCCGCUGGUGGAAUUGUGCGACCUCAAAUACUACUGCACCUUAGAGUAUGAGGAGUGCUUAAGGAGGAGAGUGAAACGAAUUUACGAGCCCCCAGAUUGUCCUGGUUAUUUUAAUAAAUGCGUCUGGCCAGAGCAUCUAAAGCAGUUGGCUGAAGUCAAAGACACUGUGGAGAAUGUGGUGUAUUUUAAUGGCAACAGCUCAAAUCAGAUAGAAACCAUCUUAAAAAACAUUGUGCAGAUGCUUCAAUAAUGUAAAACAAAAAAUCCAUAAAGGUACUUAGGAUAUUUUUUUUCCAAACAGUUAAAUUUGCAAUAAUCAAUGCCUUCCCAUCAAACAACGCAAUUGUGUACAAUAAAACAUCACUUCAUUAUUUAGUACUGUAUUUACAUUUGACUAUAAUCACUAAAUCCACAAAUUUGAUGUACGUGUGUAAUAAGAUCUUAAGUUUUUCACUGGAAAAAUAUCUAGUACAAAGCAACUACUCAAUAAAAGUAAUACGCAAGCCAUCAAA